UGUUGAUGAACAUUCAUAUUGAUCAAAAGAUAAGACUAAUUUAUUCUCAAAAAAACUUUGAACCCUCUUAGGCUUUUUACUCACUCCACAUACCCUAUCGAUCCACGCAAGAACGAACGAAAUCGGAGUGCUUCAUCUUCAUAGGUUCCCUCGUAAGAAUAAGUACACUAUAAUCUUGAAGUAUUUUCAAUUUUAUAGAAAAUCGACUAUAAAAUCCCUGAGGAUUUUCAAAUUUAUAGAAAAUCCUCACCGAUUUUCCAACUGUAUAGAAAAUGUUGAUUUUCAAGAUUCUUGAAAAUCGAGUCGAUUUUCUAUAAAUUUGAUUUUCUAGAAUCUUUUUUUUUAAAAAGUUUUUAGAAAAUCAAUUGAUUUUCUAUAAAUAAUUUCCACGAUUCAUCUUGAAUCACCGUUCUGUUUUACAUUCUUGGGUAAAUAUAAGUACAAAUAUUUUCACACUUAGAAUAACUUCGAGUUUUUUUCCUUCUUGACCACAGUUCAUCGUGGAAAUUAUUUAUAGAAAAUCAAUGUCGAUUUUCAAGAAUCUAGAAAAUCCCCCUUGAUUUUCUAGAUUCUUGGGGACACGAUUUUCUGUAAAAUAGAAAAUCCUAGGCGAUUUCAUAUAUGGACUUUCUCAAAAUCAACGGCGAUUUUCUAUAAAUAAUUUUCGAGAUUAUAGUGUACUCCAAGGAAGGACAAAGACAAGGAAAAAAAUGAUAUGUGUUUUCGGGUACUGGUCGGGUAUGGGUAAAAAGAAAUUUUCGGGUCGGAUGCGGUUCUGAAAAUUGCACUCGUGCAAAUUUGUAAACCAGAAGAUCGAAAAGGCUGAUUGACCAGAAUUAUUUUUCUUGGCACAUAUGUUAGUUCUCAUUCUUUGUUACUUGUACCUGAACAGUUUUUUUCGCGUAUUUUCAAUUUUUAGAUAUCGAUUAUGGAUGACGAAAUCAUACAAGCACUAAUAUUGGCUGAACAACAACAAAGAAAACGAUUAGACAGCUGGAAUGAAUCACGACGAAACGAACGAAAUCAAGAUACCGACUAGCUUCUUCGGGAAUUUCAACACAUAUCAAAAACGCAAACAAAUCAAGAAGCAUCUACAUAUUCAUUAUCUAUAGUUCAAACAGCACCAACACGUGAAGGAAACAAUAAUAGUUCUGACGAAGAAGCUGAUUUAAUUUAUUACGAAAAUGAUCCAUCCAAUAGUGAUGUUGAUCAACUGAUUCUUGAUGAUUACGAUGGAUAAAUAAAUGAUUAUGAAUCAGAUAAUAAUGAUUUCAAUAUUAAUGACUUCAACCGGCACAGCUAUCAUUAUCUCCAUCAAUUAUUGAGAACAAUGAUAUUCAAAAUGAAACUUAUCUUCAUUAUUAUACCAGUAUUUCGACAGAAAAAUAUUGUCAGGAGUUAGCAUCUAUUCUCCGGUCUGCUGAUAUUAAUAAAACACAAUCAACACAAGGAUUAUUAGCCGCUAUGAACGUUGAUAAUUUAUUUAAAACUCGUCGUAUUUGUUUACUAUGCCAGCGAGAUUUACAUUAUAAAGACAAAAAAUGUUCAAAAUGUCGCUCAGUGGAUGAAAAAACAAUAGCUAAUGUAUAUGAUGUUAAUGUUGAAAAAGUAUUAACUACAACAAUACAACGGUUAUCGUCUGAAAUAGAAGAAAAUAAACAAAAAAUAAAUGUCUGCAAUGAUGAACAACAAACAAAUGAUGUUGUUUUCGAAAAAUUAUACCAACAAUUACUAAAACAAAAUAGUACACAAAAUAUUAUUAGCUUAUUACUGCAUUUAGAUGGUGUGGGUUUAACAAAAUCAACACGAUCGAAAAUGUGGUUAUUCAGUGGAUCCAUUAUUGAAGUACCAUCCAAACAUCGCUAUCGUCGUUAUAAUAUGGUUUUGAUGUCAAUUUGGGUUGGAUAUACAGAGCCACAUAUACAUAUGUGGUUAAAAUCAAUCGUUAAUGAAUCAAAUUAUAUGAAAAACCAAGGUACAUAUCAAUGUUGUGAAGAACGAUUGAGAAAAGAAAUGAAAUUAGCACAACAAGGUGAUGAAGAAAAGAAUGAAGAAAGUGAUCAAGAUUCUCCAUCAAGUACAUCAGAAUCAUCAUCAUCACAAUGUUUACAUCCUUCUGAAUCUUUAUUACCACGAACGCAACUUGUUAUCGAUACAUCUAUUAACGAUAAUAAUCGUCGAGAUAGUUUUGAUGAUCUUUUUCUUGAAGAACCAUCAUUGAGUCAUCAAAAACAAGAACAUUUUGUUGCCUGUGCGAGACUAGAUGGUAAAGGCGAAGAUGAUGAGUUUAAAAUUGAAAGAUUCGUUGAUGAUGAUGCUGGUUGCGCAACAGAGACUGAUAGUGAUGGAGGUGAUGAAUAUAAAACUGGAAUGUUCGUUGGCUGUUUCGACGAAAUAACAACCGGCUUUGAGGUAUCUAAAUAUGAACAUUCUCAAUAA